AUGACUCAUAACCCCAAAAAAAAAAAAAUAGAGUUUAUAGGCCAAUUUCUUCCGGACAUAUCCACUACGGCUACAUCCGCGCGCUUCUCUCUCGCUCUCGCUAUUCCUUCUCAGUCACAGCUUCAACUCAAAGCUAUGACGGCCCUGCAAUUCCAACCAGUAGAACCACCGUCGCCAUUUCUAAACUCCAGCUCCAAGCCGAACAAGACGACAUGGAAGCAUCCACCUUACUCCCCUUCGUAUUGCUCUUUCAGACACCUCCCACCUCCUCUUCCUUGCUCCGCGUCGACGCCUGGAGCAGAAGAAGAAACGCCGUCCCGCAACUACGAUUCCACCGCCACCAAUGGCGGCCGGGCUAUCGACGGGCUCGUCGAUCGUCGACUGGUGGUUAGAUUAGCUUGGGAGAAGCUUCUCCGGUGGUCUCGCUCUUGGCGCUCCAAAAACAAAGCCGACGUCCUCCGUCGCACCAACAAGGUGGUGGUUCUUGGAGGAGGAUCGUUUGGUACCGCAAUGGCUGCUCAUGUGGCUAGUAGGAAGUCCGACUUGGAAGUCCAUUUGCUUCUUCGUGACCCUUCCCUCUGUGAAUCCAUCAAUCUCCACCACUGUAAUUGCAAGUACUUCCCUCAACAUAAGCUACCAGUCAAUGUAAGUGCCACCACAGACCCCAAAGCUGCUCUGAUCGGUGCUGACUACUGCUUUCACGCAGUUCCCGUCCAGUUUAGCUCGUUGUUCCUUGAGAGUAUUGCAGACUGUGUUGACCCUGGCUUACCGUUCAUAUCACUCAGUAAAGGGUUGGAGCUUAAUACAUUGAGGACCAUGUCUCAGAUUAUCCCCAAAGCAUUAAAGAAUCCUCGACAGCCGUUUGUUGCACUCUCUGGACCUUCUUUUGCACUGGAGUUGAUGAAUAGAUUACCAACGGCAAUGGUGGUGGCUUCAAAGGAUAAACGGUUAGCAAAUGCUGCUCAGCAACUACUAGCUUCUUCUCAUUUACGAAUUAGCACGUCGAGUGAUGUCACAGGGGUUGAAAUUGCAGGGGCGUUGAAAAAUGUACUUGCUAUAGCGGCUGGUAUCGUGGAAGGAAUGAAUCUUGGUAAUAAUUCUAUGGCAGCUCUAGUUGCUCAAGGCUGUUCUGAGAUCCGCUGGCUAGCAACAAAGAUGGGUGCCAAACCAGCAACAAUUACUGGUCUUUCAGGUACAGGAGACAUCAUGCUCACAUGUUUUGUAAGUCUUUCAAGAAACAGGACAGUUGGAGUUCGACUUGGAUCAGGGGAGAGUCUGGAAUCGAUAUUGAAUUCCAUGAAUCAGGUGGCAGAAGGGGUGUCAACAGCAGGCGCAGUGGUUGCAUUAGCUCAGAAGUACAAGGUUAAGAUGCCGGUUCUGACAGCAGUUGCUCGGAUCAUUGACAACGAACUGACUCCGCAGAAAGCUGUUCUUGAACUGAUGAGCCUUCCUCAGGUUGAAGAAGUGUGAGGGAGGUUUGGGCAGCUGGCCUCUCGUUCCAAAAGAGUUGAUGGCACACAAGCUUAGUGGAGCUGGGUUGCAUAAUGACAAACUCCACACUAGUAGGCAUGCAAUAUGAACAAGGCGAGAUAACAAUGCCUUGCUAGGGGGUCUCGGGUCUACCCUCCAAAACUCCAUUCAGAACAGGGAAGGGAACAAUUUUUCCUCCAUCCAUUUCCACUUUCUAUAAAAAGAAGAGACGUUAAUGUAAAUUCAUACAUCAGUUUUUAUAUAAAAAGAAGAGACCUCAGUGUCACAUAUUGCCCCAAUUAGAGGGGCAGGAAGCGUGCAGAAGGUUAAUGAUCAUCGUUGAUCGUCCCAAUCUUAUGUAACCUCAGCUUGUGUCGAAGCACGCUUGUAUGCAGUCACAUCCUUCAAGUACUUAGCAACACUUGCGGCUUCCAGCUUUGGGGCAGAGGUGUAAUGUGGACUCUUCGAAGCUGCUUGGCGUUGGCCAACACGAACUUCACCAGCUCCAUUUCCACCUGCAAGUCUCCUAGGCUGCUGCUCUGAAUGUUGAAGACUUCAAGGCACUCUAAGCAACUGCUAUUUUCAGGCUGCAGCUUCAGCUUCUCUGCUUCCAACAUCUCUAUUGCGCUGUCGACCCCAGCUCCCUUCCUGCGUUCGAAUCCACUACUCGGCUUCGAAUAAUCAUAGUAAUUUGUUAACUGAUUGAGUUAGAUAUGGAUGUAUACAUAUUACAUACAAAGCAAUUGCGAGAACUCAUGAUUAGACAAACAAGAACACUCGCAUCCGUCAAACUAGACAAGUAUAGAUGAGGUAUUUCCAGCACUUCCAAGUGGUGAAGUGAAGCAGAGUCGGAAGCCUGCCUCGGAAUUGGAUAGAAUUAAAUAUGUAUUGGUUCGG